UCCUCCUCCUCCUCUUCAGCAUCCUCGGCAGCGCUCCGGGAGCCCUGCAGCAGCGUCUCUCCAGUUAGAACGGAGCGGGGAGAGAAGAAAGAGACUGAGACAGCGGUGCAGGCAUCUGUGCCGCGGCUCGGGGCUGAGGAAGAGGAGCAGCGGCGGUAGGGAGGAAGAGGAGGCGAGGAGCCCUCCCGUAGCCGUCCGUCGGCAGCGGGGGACGCGGCAUGCGGUUGUCCGGGGGCAGUGGGCUUUUCUCAGGAGGGAGAUGGGGAGCUGCGAUCUGACCAUGCCUGGGUGAGAGGGGGAAAGGACCAGUCGCGCAGCCCCGCCACCACCAGCUAUCACCACCACUACCACCACCACCAUCUCCUCUUCCUCCUCCUCCUCUCUCUGCAUUAUUGCUCUUAUCUUCUCCACGGCACUCCGCGUUGGAUGGACUGGGGCUGUUUGGUGUGGUGAGACCAAGGCAGAGCCACCGGCGAAAAACAGCAAUAUCUCGGAGGAAGAAAAAGAAGAAAGAAGAAAGAAAGAAAAAGAGAAAGAAAGAAAAAAGGGAAAGAAAGAAAGAAAGAAAGAGAGAAGGGGGAGAGUGGAAAAGAAAGAGAGAGAGAGGGAGAGCGAGCGAGUGAGAGAAGGGAAAGCAGGCAAGAAAAUCCCCCCAAUCUUUUAAGUCAAUGCAUAUUGUGGUGACACUGGCAAAGGAGCCCUCACGGUGGAGUCGGCCAGGGCUGUGCGUUCCCAAAAUAUGACCAGGGGUGCUUGGAUGUGUAGUCGGCAGUAUGAUGACGGCUUAAAAAUCUGGUUCGCACCCCGGGAGAACGAGAAACCCUUCACGGAUUCAGAGAGGGCUCAGAAAUGGCGACUGUCCCUGGCAUCGCUCUUGUUUUUCACGGUCCUGCUCUCUGAUCACUUGUGGUUCUGCGCCGAGGCCAAAUUCACGGGGACCGGAGAGAAGGAGCAGCCGCCGCCCGAGAAGCCGGAGCCCGCGGAGCCGGAGCUGCUGGCGGGCAUGGGGGAGCCGGCGCCCCCCGCGCCCCGGCUCCUCGCCCCCCCCUCGCCCUCCCUCCCGCCCUCCCCCGGCAGCAGCGGCGGCGGCAGCCGCGGCGGCCGCGCCAACGGCACCGAGCCCCGGCACGGCAAGGCUGCUUUCCUGGGGAACUCCACCGCCAGGCCCCUGGAGACGUGUCCCCCCCCGGGCUCCUCGGCCGGGCAGUGCUUCAGCGUGGGCGACGCGGAGGCGGUGUGCCGGCGGCGAGGGGGGUCGGGGCGGCCGCGGGGCACGGGGCAGAGCCCGGCGCCCGGCUGGGACCUGACGGAUUUUUACCUUUCCUUUUGUAAUUCCUACACACUUUGGGAGUUGUUCGCCGGGUUGUCCAAUCCGGACACUUUGAACUGCAGUCUGGAUGUGGUGCUGAAGGGGGAAGGCUCCUGCAGCCAGUGCGUCCAGGCUUACCAGCGCUACGACCAGCACGCUCAGGAGAAAUACGAAGAGUUUGAGGUUAUGCUCCAGAAAUAUUUACAGUCGGAUGAGUACUCGGUGAAAUCGUGUCCUGAGGAUUGUAAGACUGUCUACAAAGCCUGGCUCUGUUCCCAGUAUUUUGAAGUCACACAGUUUCACUGCAGCAACAGAAUUCCUUGCAAGCAAUACUGUUUGGAGGUUCAAACGAGGUGUCCCUUUAUAUUACCAGACAACGAUGAUGUCAUCUAUGGAGGACUAUCAAGUUUCAUCUGUACAGGGCUCUAUGAAAACUAUCCAACCAAUGCAGAACCAGAAUGCUGUGAUGUCAGAUGGGGACUAUUAUCAGAUCAUCAACCCAAAGGGACUAUAAAAACAAGUGGCUCAACAAUGUGUCACAGGACAUCGCUCACGGUUUCAUCAGCAUCAAGACUGUGUAACAGCAGACUUAAACUGUGUGUUCUUGUAUUAAUUCUCUUACAUACAGUACUUACAGUCUCAGCAGCACAGAACUCAACAGGACUGGGCUUUGGAAGUAUAACAACUUUGGAAGAUAAUUCAACCAAUGAGGAAUAAAAGAAAUUAUUCAUCUUACAUGAUAGAAACACAAGAGGCCCAAAUUACUACAGUCAAAAAUAACAAGGACUGAGUGUUUACCCUCAGAUCUCUUCUUGAAUGACCUUUUGGGUAAAAUGAAAAGAAUGGGCCGCUACCCAAACAACAAGGACACACAAACACAGCUUUUUAUUGACUAAAAGGCUGUUUGGUGACUUAACUUUCUCACACCAUUUUAUACACUGUGUUUUAAUGUUUGGAGUUUCUUUUUGUUUGGUUGGUUUUUGCACUUGUUAAUACAGGAUUUUAUUUUUGGGACAGUUUCUCAAAGCUAAA